AUGUGUAGCUCAACGGUGGUGACUCGGUGCGAGGAGGAGAAGAAGAAGGACGGGAGCGAGAGGACGGAGGAGAAAGACGUGGAACCGUUUCCGUUGGCGGGGAAACGAGCCCCGACUAGCCAACCGAUAAUAUGGCGGAAUGUGAUUGGUAUCAUUGUGCUUCAUUUCCUCGCCAUUUACGGUUUCGCGAGCGGUUAUCGGGACGCGAAGCUGUGGUCGUGGGUUUGGAAUAUUACGUACGGAGUCGUGGCUGGUUUGGGAAUAACGGCGGGGGCUCAUCGACUCUGGGCGCAUAAAAGUUAUUCCGCCAAGAUUCCCCUGCGAAUAUUUUUAGCUACCUUAUAUUGCAUGGCUGGCCAGACGCAUUUUUACAAAUGGAUACGAGAUCACAGGACGCAUCACAGAUACACGGAAACAUGCGCGGAUCCCCACGACGCGACUCGUGGAUUUUUCUUCUCUCAUAUUGGCUGGCUGAUGGUUAAACGGCACCCGGCCGUGAAGGAAUACGGUAGUAAAAUCGAUAUGAGCGACAUCGCUGCGGAUCCUGUAAUAAAAUUCUUCGACAAGUAUUACGAGAUCAUUAUGGUCUCCCUGUGCUUCGUUCUGCCGAUAUUGUUGCCGGUGCACGCGUGGGGCGAGACUUGGUUCAUAAGCGUUCACGCGGCAUUCAUCCGCUACGUCUGGUCGUUGCAUGCCACUUUUAUCGUGAACAGUAUCGCUCACAUGUGGGGAAAUCGACCGUACAACAGGAGGGUCAAGCCGACGGAGAACCCGGCCGUGUCUUUCUUCGCACUGGGUGAAGGUUGGCAUAAUUAUCAUCAUUCUUUCCCCUGGGAUUACAAGGCUGCCGAGUUGGGCGCGUACGGCUUGAAUGCAACCACCGGUUUCAUAGAACUGAUGCAGUAUCUAGGAUUGGCUUACGAUCUGAGAACACCUAGGAAGGAGCUGGUCGAUCGAACAACCGUAAACAAAGGAGAUGGUACCGAUAGUCUAUGGGGCUCCAGAAGACACUGA